UGGGGUACGGGACGGCAGUGAUGAGGGUGAACGCUGUGUACAUUCGUCAUCGCCACGACCGACAGGCUCAGAGUAUAUUUUCACUUAACUCGCCUAAUGGCAAAGAAUUUGCAUCCAGUCAUGAUAUCAACAGCCAUGAAACAAGUUUUAAGGAGGGCUGCACCGAUGGUGAGGAGGCUUAUGAUCAACAGCAACAGUCAGCACGCAAGAUGCCUCGGCUAGAGAAGGAUCACAUUCAACCCACGGGGACGUCAGGGAUGACCAUGAAGAUUACCGCUCCACCCCGUCCAACAAGGGCCAUUCUACAGGAAGUUUUGAAUACUUUUAGGAGUAAAUUGAUCACUCCAAACACGGCGUUCCCCAUUGUUCCGCCUUCAUUGCCCAUUGCACCACUAUCUUUUCCUGUUCGCAAAUUGUUUCCACUUGCACAAGAUAAAAAAAAAGUCCCCCUUUGUGAAGACAAAUUAGCUGACAAAGAGAACAUUUCACCUGUAGACUCCAGCAUAUUCACAGCAGUCUCGAUGCUGGAGAAAACCCGAAAGGAGUUUCAAUUAAAGCAACAGGUGAGCCAGUACCCUCAAACACCAUCCGGGGUCAGAUGCCUCGCCCACACAAAACUGGACGAUCACCCACCUGCACAAACCACCCGGAAGUGCAUUGGAGAAGACAAUACAUUGAGAAAGGAUAAGAAAGCUGAGAGCAGCAAUAUCAACACACGCAACAACAAGCAUGCCGGGACACCAAUCAUCAGUGAUAAGGAAAAAAAGAAAAGGAUUCCUAGACGUAGUCGACGUGAUGAAAACUCAAGUGGCAAUGUGUUUGUUUCACGCAAACACUUGACCUGGUUUUUUCAACUUGUGGAGGACCCAGUUGUAAGAAAAUUUCUAAAAGUUGACAUUUGUCGUCGCUAUGCUGACAAGUACCUGCUGGCCAUGGUGUUCACCUACCUUGUGCGUGCUGGAUAUAAGUGCGACCAGUACUCUAAAGAAAACUUCUUUGCAGCUUUAUAUCUUGCACAUGAUAUGGAAGAAGAUGAAGAAGAGUUGAAAUUCGAAGUUUUCCCCUGGGCACUUGGUCGCAAAUGGCGCAAGACCUACCCCUUACUCCUACAGAUGCGGGAUGAUAUCUUCUGGGCGAUCGACUGUCGUGCAGUUGUUUCUAAGAGAUGUUGUGACCAGGUGAUUGGGAUGCAGCCAGACCACUGGAUGUGGGACCGCGAGAGACCAACUUACCAUGGUGGGGCACUGCGAGAUUAUCUCAAACACCCCAAUGAUAAUGGUCGUCCUCGGGGUCCUGACAAAUCACCUUUACAGUGCCAGACAUGUCUAGAACGUGAAUGCAGUACUUCUGAGAAUUCAUAUAUUCUGUAUUUGUCUGAGAGCGACACCAGUACAGAUUCAUUAUUUGCAGAUGGAGGGAAGACAGAAAUGCAUAUGGAACGAGAUUCUGGCUUUGAGACAUUCCUGUGUCAGCCAUCUGACACAAGCCUUAGUACACCUCAAGAUCCUACAAAUUGCGCCCAAUACGUUGAUGUGGUGGGUAAGUUGGGUGAUACGGAGCAACUUGGUACUCGUAUAAAAACUAACGAUAGCUAUAUCAAGGUAAAUGUUUUGACAAAUGGAGCCUGCUCUGAUUCUUUUGCAGCUUGUAAUGAAUUAGAAAAAAAUAUGGAAAUACCUGUAUCAGAAAGUGAAUUUGUUAAUGCAGCAGAGUUACCAUUAUCGCAAGCUGAUACUAUAUUUAUUUCAUAAGUUCCAUGCCCAUCACCAAAGUUUUGAUAAUUUCUAGAUGAGCUUUUCAAUUAAGGAUUAAAAAUUCUGAAUUCUUUUGGAUAAUUAUUGAUGUCAAGUAAUAUAUUUUUAUUGUGUAUAACUUUAUUAAUAUGGAAGUAGUAGAUUCAAUAUUCUUUACACUGUACAUCAUUACCACUUAAAACAAGUGUAAAUAAGCUUUUGUUUACCUGAAUUGAGUUUAGGGAUGGCAUACACACACACACACACACAGUUCAGUCCAGUAUAUGUAUUCUGAAAGUUUAGAAAGGAUGUAAUUUGUGUAUUGUACACAUAUCUUUUCUCUGUACGUGUAAACUGUAUUGCUGAUCUUAUAUGAAGUGAUUCUGUUAGAUUUGUUUUAAAAAAAUCGAAGUUUCAUCUACAAAUACAUUAUGAUUAACGGGAACAACAAUUUGAAGAAUUUUUAUCUUGACCGUAUAACAAUAUUUUUUUUUUCAUGGUAAAACAAUUAGAGUACAGUAUGUACAAGUAUAAUAUAGUAUCGUUGGUGCUACUACAGUAUACGGCCUACCGAGCUGGAGCUACUAUAGCAAGCGGCCCACCGAGCUGAAGUUGUGUCUACCGGGAUAUUUACACUCUGGCAUCCAUUAAAUUAACCGAGGUUAAUUUAGGUUAGGUUAGAUUAAGUCAGGUUAUGUUAGAUUAAUAUAUAUUAGAUUAAGUUAGGUUAGGUUGGGUUAAUAGAUGCUACGGUGUAAAUAUUCCGGUAGAUCAAGUCUAGCUCGGUAGACUGCAUACAAAGAAGUAUAACUCCAAGAAAGAUGUGUGAAUAUUUUGUUAAAAUAAGCAUACCUAUACUGCACUAAUAUCAGUACAGUAAAUCUUUGUUGUUGCACUGGUAAUUCCUUGAUAAGGUUUUAGUUUUAAAAAUAGUGUUACUUGGUAGUGAGUUGUGACCACAAAUGAUAUACAGUAUUGAUCAUGAAAGUGCUCAGUACUGAUGAAAUCUGUAUUGAUAUUUUAUGUACCGGUACUACUGAGGACGAUUAUCAAUAGAAAUCAGCUGUUCCAAAGAUUAAACCAAAGAAAGUUUACUAAAACACAGUACUCUGUACAGUACAGUUCUCUAAUACACUUUUAACUUGGUCAUAUCCAAAUAUCACUUAUUUUCAGUUAUAAGGAUAAAUCUACCAGAAUAUAUGUCUAGAAACGAGUGAUUAUAGCUUGAAUACUGAUACUUGUAGAGAAUGACUGUUAUAAAGAUAGAGAUUCUUUAAUAACAGUAAUGAACAAGUGUCGAAGUUGAUAGUCUUCUAAUUUCUGUCAAGUUUAGUGUUGAUGAGAUAUUGA